AUGUCUAGCAGCAAAGGCGGCGCAUAUGGGACACGCGCUUCUGACACAGACUUCCGGAAGAAAUGGGACAAGGAAGAAUACGCGGAGAAGGCACGUCAGCGCGACGAGGAUGAGAAGGAACGCAUGAAGGAGAACGAGGAGCGCAUUAAGCAAGGAAAGAAACCCAGGAAGGGUCGCAAAGAUGAUCUACCAAAGCCUACAGAACUCAUGAAGCGCCGCGAGGGGCCCCUUGAGCUCGACAAGAACCUUGGUAAGACGAUGGUCGUGCAGAAUGCCGGCACGCGCGGCCCCGGCGUACCAGGCUUCUAUUGUGAAACAUGCAAUCGCACGUACAAAGACAGCACAGGCUAUCUCGACCACAUCAAUGGGCGCGCACAUUUGCGUGCGCUCGGCCAGACGACGCGGAUAGAGCGGUCAACGGUCGAGCAGGUCCGGGCCCGAAUAGCGUAUUUAAGAGAAAAGACGCGUGAAGCCUCCAACGCAAAGUCGUUUGACUUCGAGAAGCGCCUGUCGGAGGUGCGGGAGCGUGAGGCAGCGUUGCGUGCAGAGAAGAAAGCUGCGAAGAAGGCGCAGCGUGAACAGGCCCUCGUAGAACUGGCGAAAGAUACGGGGCCGGCACCAGGCGGGGACGACAUGAUGGCGAUGAUGGGCUUCGCUGGUUUCGGCUCGUCGAAGAAGUGA